CCCAACAUUUGUUUAUCACUUCAGUAGCUUAGCUCUUCAAUGUGUCGUAAAACAAACAGAACAGAUGUAUCCUGAGACUAAAACCUUCUUUCUUUAACAAGGGGAACUGUUGCUCUCUAUGUGGAGGCGUGUUCACAUUGUUUAUAGAUAAGGCUCAGUAGACCAAAUUAAGUGCCCUGGACGUACCUGAACUGUGUUAAUACAUGGGCUAAGAAGAUUAAACCAGAUUUACCAAUCCAGCAUUCGUCAGCAGUGGUGUUCGCUCAGACUUUGAUGCAUAGCAACAAGUCAAUGAGCCCAGUGCACACUCACCAUGGACUAGGACAUGGACCAGAUGAGCUGAAAUGGAAGCUAUCAUUACCUCCUCAAAUCCUACAAUUGAGCUGAUGGCGAAUGUCAGUGUACAGCUCCUCUAAUAAUGACCACAAUGUGAAGUGAACAUGUUUUAACAUGACGGCAUACAUGCUCUGGACUGCGUUUACAUGGACGUUCAAGGGGCUGCUGUGCACCUGCAGGUACCUGUGGAUCUGCCCGUACAAUGCAAUCAAAUUCUUGCCAAGGCAACAAUAUAUCACUGAGGGAACUGGCCGACGGCACAAAAAACUUGUGGGUCCUGGAAGUAAAGGGAUUGUGUCCAUACCAGGAAGCCCUGACCGUACCACAGCUCUGCAUAAACGAAUAACCAAAACCGAGAAGGAGAUUCUGUCACUCAAGACCAGGUUUGCCUGCGAGAGAGCAUCAUGGGAAAGGAGGUUUGCUUAUCUGCAAAGGAAACAAGAAGAGAUACAUAACCAGCUUUCCUCCCAGGCUGGAGUGUUGGUGAAAGUGGGUAGUUUUGAUGACGGAGAGUCGACAGUGGAUAAUGGAGAAGUAUUCCAGGAGUGUUCAAGAAGUCUACCAAGACUUACAUACCAACGCAGAGCAUCUGAUUUGUCAACAAGAGGCCCCACUUAUGAUAGCAGUGUUACAGGCAGCCCCUUCUCCUCAUAUCCAUUGAGCCCAAGACCUUCCUCUGCUGCAUCUUCAGCUACCAGCCUAAGGUCUUGGAGGACAUCUAAAAGCCCUCACCGUGUUUUCGUACCACACUCCCCCAUGGACCUUGAGCUGGGUCACCGUGUCAGGAUCAUGCUGCCCUCUGGAAGAAUCAGCACAGGCACUAUUCGUUUCCUAGGCCACCUGCAGGGGGAGGCAGAUCUCCACCUUGGGGUGGAGCUCCAGACGCCUCAUCACGGAUGGAAUGAUGGCAGCCACAGGGGACACAACUACUUUGAAUGCAAGCCUGGCUAUGGAGCAUUUGUACCAUUCCACAAACUACUGAUGGCCUGGGAAUGAUAAAAAAAACAAAAACAGAGCUUCACAAACAACAAAGACCAACUGAAUACAAAGUAGACACAGAUCCAGAUUUGAUACCUUAUCAUAAAGAGAUACCCCUUUAUAAUAAAACCCAUACACAGUUAUGUAUGUUAUGUUACUCACAAUAAAAAUAUACUUUCAUCAUA